CAAAGUGUCAAAAUGUCGGUCAAUGCACAAGUGCAUUUCAGUAAAAAUGAAAAUAAUAAAAAGAGUGAUAAAACCCUUAAACCCUUGUUUCCCAAACAAGCGGAAUGUUCAUAUGUUUCCUGUUACUGUGAAGAAAACGUAUGGAAACUUUGUUCAGAUGUAUCCAUAAGGAUUCCAAUAGAGCUGGACAGAUGCUUCGUUGUAUUUAUUUCGAACCCUUGUCGUACUGUGCCUUUGUGGAAACAAAGGGCUGGGCGCGAGGACGAUCGCCUCGUUAUAUGGGAUUAUCAUGUCAUAUUUCUUUAUUCUGUGGAUUGUAAAACAUGUUUAGUUUAUGAUUUGGAUUCCGAACUUCCAUUUCCAACAUUCUUCCACAAAUAUGUGACUGAAACAUUUCGCACAGAUCAAGUCUUGAAGUCUGAUUUCCACAGAUUCUUUCGUGUAGUUCCGGCUAAACAAUUCAUACAACAUUUCGCCUCUGAUAGACGUCAUAUGAAGAGGCCUGAUGGUUCAUGGAUCAAACCACCUCCACCUUAUCCUGCCAUCUGUACUUCAACUUCAACUCAUAACUUAGAUGAGUACAUUAAUAUGGAUUCAGACUCCGGCCCCGGUGAUGUAUUUAAUCUGACUGAUUUUGUACAGCGAUUCUAUAAAAUAGAGAAGUAGUACAAAAAUGAAUGAUAGAUAGACAAAUUAUAAUUUUAAGUUAAUUUAUUACCAUAACCUAUUUUGUUUUGGUUUAUGGUCUGAGUUGAUUAUGUUUUAAUAAUCCUUUGUUACAUUUUUAUUAUUCUGUUAGCUAAUGUUGCAGGGUUCCAAACAAGUUAAGUUUUGAUUAAAUAUAAUUACAAUUAACAUUAUGGUUACAGUCGGAAUAUAAGUAACUUUUUUAAUCAAAUUUGUAUUUUAAAGUGCCUAACUGCUUAACAAAGUCCCAAGUAUUAUUAUAGAAUAAUCUAAAACAUUUACCUAAGCUUAAAUUCUUACAUUUUUCAUAAAAUAAAGGGAAAAUAAAAUAAUGAACAAGCAUAUUAGUUUUGAAGGUAAUUAAUGGAUAUAUUUCAAUAUUGAAUAAUAUGGAACCCGUGUAGUUUAAGCCCAACUUGCAUUUAACUUAUCUUAUUUUUUAUAUAAGUUACAUAUUUUAGGCUUGAGUGAUAAAAAAAAUACUGUUAAAUAUAUUAUUGGUUACAUAAUAUUAUACAUGAGUAACCUUAACUUUUUGAAUGCUUCAAAUAUUUACUAUUAUAUUAGCACUUAUCUUCAUCUUACCUUCUUGAAUGAGUGAUACUGCACGAACAAAAUAUUAAAAUACUAUCUAGAAAAAUAUUUAUUUAUACUCUAUAGUUGUUUAUUUUGUUUUUUAACAAAUGAAAAUAUUAAUAAACUAGUAUAAUUAAGAUUAUUAUAUCCAUAAUCUCAGUAAACGCAGCACUCAUUUAAUAAAAAAAAAAAUAGAUAUGGUAUUAAUUGAAAUUUUAUAAUAUAAGUAUUUUUCCAUUUAAAUUACAAUUUGUGCCAUUAAAAAAUAAUAAUCUACAA